AUGGCCAGCACCCAGGCAGUCAAAGCCCCGUGUUUCUGCUCCGAGGCGCAGCCCCUUCCCGUGAGCUGCGGCUCCGCCUGGUGCAACGCGGGCCUCGGGCGCCGGCCGCCCGACGCCGCUGGAGCUGGGACCGGCUGGGAUGCGCUGGAGCGGCCCCCCCCCCGCCCCUUGGCCGUGUUCUGCCCCCCGGUGACUCUCCCGCAGCGGGGAGACGCCCCGGAGCCGGCGGGAGCGGGAGACCGGCUCGGGGCUGGGCCCGGACCUGGCUUUGCUCGAGGGCUCUGCCGCUGUGUAGAUACCGGCAGCGGCGCUGACUCCGACCCCAGCGGAGAGCGAAUUACUGGCAGCCUCGUGCGGAACGCGGGGUCAGCCCGUCCGGCUCGUUGGUGGAGGUCUGAGUCCCUGGGCGCAGGCCUAGGCUCAGCCCUGAACUACCCUUUGGAAAGCCCCUCCCGCGCCACUGCUCCAGGGGCCCCUCCGCCCAUGGCUCAGCGCGAUCUCCUGGAAGAAUUAAUCCCCUCCAAGCCAGAAGAAAGGAAGCCAACAUCCAGGUCACUGCAAAGAGCACAGGGGAGUGUGGGUGUCCCAGAGACAAAGCAGGAGCAGGCCUGGCUGGGCCCAGCCUCUGGAGCAGAUCUCCUGGAAGAAUCAAUCCCCCACAGGCCAGAGGAAAGGCAGCGAACAUCCAGGUCACUGCAAAGAGCACAGGGGAGGGUGGGUGUCCCGGAUGCAAAGCAGGAGCAGACCUGGCUGGGCCCAGCCUCUGGAGCAGGGCAAAGUCUGCAACAUGAUUAACAAGAAGUAUAACGAAUUCCUCCCAAGCAUGCAGAGCGCUGAGGACUUGGUGUCACAAGUGGACAGUCUGUCCGGCAACUUCGGCCUACUGAAAUCCAGGAUCGAAAAUGAGGUGACACGGCAGCGGUUUCACUUUAUCUGUAUCUAGCAGCUUUCAUCCUGCAUCAUCCCAAAGCAGUACAACCCCACUGACGUGCAGCCAUGAGCAUGCUGCACAGGAAGGCAGGGGAGGAGGAUCUUGGCUAAGGAUUCCAGGAUGAAUAGCCGCCUCUUAUAAAGAGUGCCCUUGACUGAAAUAUACCAGUGUAUGAUGUAGCAGACCUGGGAUAUAAAUAAAGGGCGGGCUGUAGCUGAAUGGUUUUCUGUGUUGCUCAUCACAGUAGUUUCAGAGCCUCUCGUGUAUAUUAAUGCAUUUAUCUUCUAAGCCUCUCUGCAUUCAGAUAGGGAGGAAUCAUUCUUAUUUUGCUGAUGAGGAAACUGAGGCACAAAGCAGUGGAAUGACCUUGGCCAAGGUCACACGGAGAUUCUGUGCAGAGCUGGGAACCGAGCCCAGAUUUUCUGUAUAUUGAUUGAAAGACUGUCCUUCCUGUGGCCCGCUUAUAUUUUUUGUGCCCAUCGUCCUUUCUAUACCCCUGGACUAAUUCUUUUAGCUGUUCUCUGCCUUGCCACUCUGGCUUUGAAAUGUAAGUUAGAAAGGCUCUAAUGCAGGUGAGAUAUUACAUCUGGAUUUUUUCUUCGCAGAGGAGAAUGAUCAACUCAAAAAUCGUACACUGUGAAAAUAACUUUUACAUCUGAUACCAGUUAUGCUAUGUUAAAAGUGAAAGAAUCUUAAAUAUCCAUUUUACUUGUCUCUGUUUAUUUGUUGCUGUGUAUUCAUGUUUCUCGGUGUAUACAAUAACAAUCGGUGACAUCAGUUCCACUUGUCUGUAGUCAAUUUCAGCUUUGGGUUCCUAGUGCUGCAGUAUUUAAGGAACAAACGAUGCAGAAGAUUGUUCGUUUGUUUAUUUAACAGUUUGGGGAUCUUUUUUUAAAAAAAGGAGAAACAUCUCUUGAUCUUGCAUGCCUAUGGAAGCUUUUAAAAUGUAUAGUUAAACUGUACUUUUCAAAUUGACAUUUAUCUAAUUUAAAAUUAGAAAACUGUUAAAGGGACUCUGGAAUUUUUUUACUGGAAUCAUUUUUUUUUAAAGAUCUGCAAUUUAAUAUCGCCCUGUUCUACUUUUUUUCAAAAAUUACCGUACAAUAAUGCUUUUUUUUUAACGAGUUUUUCUUCUCCUCUGCUGUUUAACAGGGUCUUUCUAGUGAGGUUAAAAAGUCUGACCAUACAGAGAAAGUGAAUAUAUAUAAAUUUCUGUCUACUGCAUUGGAUAAAUACACUGGGGAAAUAGAACCUCUUUUCCUUCUAAUUUCUUUCAGUUAUAAUAACCGUAGGUGUUGUUUGUAACUUUGGGAGGUACGAACGUUUCAGGCAGCACGCUGGUGUUGUCAUGUCGGUGUUACUUUUGAAAUAGAAAUGGCUCUCGUAGCCUUUGGUUACUGUAAAUGAACUGCUGUAGCCUUGCUGUCUGUGCUGCUGUUCUAGGUCUAGCAAGAUCUGAAUGUGGCUAUUGCUGAAUUUACUGAAUUGAAGCAGCAGCUGGAGCGAGACUCGUUAGUUCUGAGUGUGCCGAAACAGCUGCAAGAGGUGAGGAAGGAGGCUGGGAAAAUGACUUAAGAUCACUAAGUGUUUCUGUAUUUUUUUUCCCACUGACUUCUUCCUGGGUCUCCAUCGUGAAUAAAUGAUCAUGACUCUUCUA